AGCGGGGAGCGGAGCGUGGGGGGACAGUCGCCGCCGAGGGGCCGCGCGCGCGCGCGCACCGACCCGAGCCCCCCGCUUCUCCUCCCACACCCCGCGAUUGCCAGCGACUUGGGAGCCGAGGGCGAUGUGGGCCGGGGUCCUGGCGCCCCUCUGGGGCUGGGCAGUCGCGCUGGGGGUGCUGUGCGCCCCCGCCCUGCAGGCGUUCAACCUGGACGUGGAGAAGCUCACGGUGUACAGCGGCCCCGAGGGCAGCUACUUCGGCUACGCGGUGGACUUCCACCUACCUGCGGCGCGCGCGGCCAGUGUCUUGGUGGGGGCGCCCAGAGCCAACACCAGCCAGCCUAACAUCGUGGAAGGGGGAGCCGUGUACUACUGUCCCUGGCCCGCCCAGGACUCGACGCGCUGCAGGCAGAUUCCGUUUGACCUGACCAACAACCGGAAGAUCAGAGUUAAUGGGACCAGGGAACCCAUCGAAUUUAAAUCCAAUCAGUGGUUCGGAGCCACCGUUAAAGCUCACAGAGGCAAAGUGGUGGCCUGUGCCCCUCUGUAUCACUGGAGAACUCUCAAACCCACAGCUGAGAAGGAUCCAGUUGGCACCUGCUAUGUGGCAAUUCAGAAUUUCAGCGCCUAUGCUGAGUACUCUCCAUGUCGCACCAGCAAUGCUGAUCCCGAAGGCCAGGGCUACUGCCAAGCAGGUUUUAGCCUGGAGUUCUACAAGAACGGAGAUCUCAUCGUGGGAGGACCUGGAAGUUUUUAUUGGCAAGGCCAAGUGAUCACUGCCAAUAUUGCAGAUAUCAUUGCAAAUUACUCAUUUAAGGAUAUCCUAAGGAAACUGGCUCGAGAAAAACAGACGGAAGUGGCCCCAGCUUCCUACGAUGAUAGCUACCUCGGAUACUCAGUUGCAGCUGGAGAAUUCACUGGAGAUUCUCAGCAAGAAUUGGUUGCCGGAGUUCCAAGAGGAGCUCAGAACUUUGGAUACGUUUCCAUCAUUAACUCCACAGAUAUGACCUUCAUUCAAAAUUUCACUGGUGAACAGAUGGCCUCUUAUUUUGGAUAUACGGUCGCAGUGUCAGAUAUUAAUAAUGAUGGGAUGGACGACAUACUGGUUGGGGCUCCUCUCUUCAUGGAGCGGGAGUUUGAGAGUAACCCCAGAGAAGUAGGGCAGGUGUAUCUGUACCUGCAAGUGAGCCCGCUCAUCUUCAGAGACCCACAGGUGCUCAUCGGCUCUGAAGUUUUUGGGAGAUUCGGAAGCGCUGUGGCACAUUUGGGAGACCUGAACCAGGAUGGAUACAAUGAUAUUGCCAUUGGCGUCCCCUUUGCGGGCAAGGAUCGGAGGGGACAAGUGCUCAUUUACAACGGGAACAAGGAUGGCUUAAACCCCAAGCCUUCCCAGAUUCUGCAAGGAGCCUGGGCCUCCCAGGCUGUCCCUUCCGGAUUUGGCUUCACUCUGAGAGGCGAUUCAGACAUAGACAAGAAUGAUUACCCAGAUUUAAUUGUGGGUGCGUUUGGAACAGGAAAAGUAGCCGUUUACAGGGCGAGGCCGGUGGUGACCGUGGAUGCCCAGCUUCUGCUGCACCCAAUGAUUAUCAAUCUGGACAACAAAACCUGCCAGAUAACCGAGUAUCCGGCCCCCGUGGCUUGCUUUUCUUUAAGAGUGUGUGCUUCCGUCACUGGCCAGAGCAUCUCCAACACCAUCGGCCUGAUGGCUGAGGUGCAGUUAGAUUCCCUGAAGCAGAAGGGGGCGAUUAAAAGGACACUCUUCCUGGACAACCACCAGUCCCAGCUGGUCUUCCCACUCAGAGUCCAGCAGCGGAAAUCCCUCCAGUGCCGGGCCUUUGUCGUCUACCUUCGAGACGAAGCUGAAUUCCGAGACAAAUUAUCUCCCAUCAACAUUACUUUGAACUACAGUUUGGACGCCUCAACUUUUAAUGAAGGCCUGGAAGUGGCGCCGAUCCUGAAUUACUACCGGGACAGCACAGUCAGUGAGCAGGCUCACAUCCUGGUCGACUGUGGGGAGGAUAACAUGUGCAUCCCAGACCUGAAGCUAUCUGCGCGACCAGAUAAGCAUCAGCUAAUCAUUGGAGAUGAGAAUCACUUGAUGCUCACCAUCAAUGCAAGGAAUGAAGGCGAAGGAGCCUAUGAAGCGGAACUCUUUGUGAUGAUUCCAGAAGAAGCUGACUACGUGGGCAUUGAACGUGGCAACAAGGGACUGCGACCCCUGAGCUGUGAGUACCGGAUGGACAAUGUGAGCAGGAUGGUGGUGUGUGACCUGGGCAACCCCAUGGUGGCAGGAACAAAUUAUUCUCUGGGCCUCCGAUUUACGGUUCCACAUCUGGAGAAAACAAACACGAGCAUUAACUUCAGCCUGCAAAUCAGAAGUUCCAACAAGGACAACCCUGGCAGUAAUUUUGUGGAUGUGAAAAUCAACAUCACUGCUGUAGCUCAAGUGGAAAUCAGAGGGGUUUCCCACCCUCUGCAGAUUGUCCUGCCCAUUCACAACUGGGAGCCGGAAGAGAAGCCCCACACAGAGGAAGAAGUUGGUCCACUGGUGGAACAUAUUUAUGAGCUGCACAACAUAGGACCAAGCACCAUCAGCGACACAGUUCUGGAAGUGGGCUGGCCAUUCUCUGCCCGCAAUGAAUUUCUCCUCUACAUUUUCCAUAUUCAAACUCUGGGACCUCUGCAGUGUCAAACACAUCCUGAUAUCAACCCAGAAGACAUUAAGCCUGCUGCUCCCCCGGAGGACACCCCUGAGCUCAGUGCCUUCCUGAGCAACUCCACCAUCCCUCAUCGUAUCAGGAAGAGAGACGUGCCCGUGCUAGAGGCCCAGAGGCAGAACCCCUCCAAAAUCCUGAAUUGCACAAACAUCGAGUGCUUACAGAUUUCCUGUGCAGUUAGCCGACUCGCAAGAGGAGAGAGCGUGGUCCUGAAAGUCCGAUCCCGGCUCUGGGCAGAGACGUUUCUCCAGCGGAAAAAUGACCCCUAUUCUCUUGCAUCCCUGGUGUCCUUUGAAGUCAAGAAGAUGCCUUAUAAAGAUCAACCAGCCAAACUCCCGGAAGGAAGCAUAGCUAUUAAGACAUCGGUUAUUUGGGCAACCCCAAAUGUUUCCUUCUCAAUCCCAUUAUGGGUAAUAAUACUAGCAAUACUUCUGGGAUUACUGGUUCUGGCCAUUUUGACCUUAGCAUUAUGGAAGUGCGGAUUCUUUGACAGGUCAAGACCCCCACAAGAGGAUGUAACUGACAGGGAACAGCUGACAAAUGAGAAAACCCCAGAUGCCUGACAGGCAACAUCUGCAACCAAAAAGAACUCAAG